UCCACUGUCCACAGGAAGCUGUUUUCCUACCUGCCACAUCGAAGAUGCCCCGAGGCUCUCUGGAGUAAUGAGGAUGGAUCAGCUCUCCGGGAGAUGCUGCAUAACCACUCCUUUGUGGGCUGCGUGAAUCCCCAGUGGGCCUUGGCGCAGCAUCAGACCAAGUUAUACCUUCUCAACACCACCAGACUUAGUGAAGAACUGUUCUACCAGAUUCUCAUUUAUGAUUUUGCCAAUUUUGGUGUUCUGAGGUUAUCGGAGCCAGCACCGCUCUUCGACCUGGCCAUGCUCGCCUUAGACAGUCCCGAGAGUGGCUGGACAGAGGAGGACGGUCCCAAGGAAGGACUUGCCGAGUACAUUGUCGAGUUUCUGAAAAAGAAGGCUGAGAUGCUUGCAGACUACUUCUCUCUGGAGAUUGAUGAGGAAGGGAACCUGGUUGGAUUACCCCUUCUGAUCGACAACUACGUGCCCCCGCUGGAGGGUCUGCCUAUCUUCAUCCUCAGACUGGCCACUGAGGUGAACUGGGAUGAAGAAAAGGAAUGUUUUGAAAGCCUCAGUAAGGAAUGUGCGAUGUUUUACUCCAUCCGGAAGCAGUACGUGUCUGCAGACUCAACCCUUUCAGGCCAGCAGAGUGAAGUGCCCGGCUCCACUGCAAAGCCCUGGAAGUGGACUGUGGAGCACGUCAUCUAUAAAGCCUUCCGCUCCCACCUGCUGCCUCCAAAACACUUCACAGAAGAUGGGAACAUCCUGCAGCUUGCUAACCUGCCUGACCUGUACAAAGUCUUUGAGAGGUGCUGACUGUGGUCGCCUGGGGACUCUGGGGUGGUUUGUUCUUCCUUCUGUGUCCUGAUGUCGGUAGGUGGAACUUUCACCUCACGUACACCUUCUCACUAGGAGAACUGCUUCAUGUGUGGCAGACUGACUAUAAAUAAAUAGCCAAAUUUGUCCUGAG